AUGGCGCCCGGGCCAACAAGCCGUAAACAGCCGGUCACGAGCCCGGCCCCCGCCUGCCGCGCGGCCGCCCGUGUUUGCGGCGCGGCUGCGGCCCAACCUUUGUCCUGCCAGCGGGUGACGGCGGCCAGCACCCACCCCGGCCAGCCGGGACACCCGGCGCUGGCGGUGCCGCUGCUCGCGCUGUGCUGCGCCGCGGCCGCCGAGCGGCACACGGUGUUUUGGAACAGCUCCAACCCCAGGCUGCUGCGGGGCGACUACGCGGUGACCGUGCACCUCAACGACCACCUGGACAUCAUCUGCCCGCACUACGAGGGGCGCGGCGGGGCGGCGGGCGAGCGCUACGCGCUCUACCUGGUGGGGCGCGCGGAGCACGCGGCGUGCACGCCAGGCUCGCCCGCGCAGCUGCGCUGGCAGUGCGACCGGCCCCGCGCGCCCCACGGCCCCGAGCGCUUCUCCGAGAAGUUCCAGCGCUUCACGCCGCUGCCGCUGGGCAAGGAGUUCGAGGAGGGGCAGAGCUACUACUACAUCUCCAAACCCAUCGGGCACCACGGCGAGAGCUGCCUCAAGCUCAAGGUGACGGUGGCCGGCCGAGGCACUCCGGCACCRCCAUUCCCGGCUGCCACCCGGAAAGGCCGGAUCCAGGCAGACGACGCGGCYGCCCACGUGCUGCGCAGCGUGGGCCACAACGCGGCCAUGAGAGCCACCAGCCCCCUGGCCCUGCUCAGCCUCCUGCUGCCGCUGCUGGUGCCGCCCGGGCUCUGA